AUGGCCAUCCUGUGGUUAUACACGAGAAUCUUCGCCACAGCCCAGUUCAAGCGCUGGUCACGUAUUCUGAUGGGCAUCACUGGCGCCUACGGCGUCGCGUUCCUCAUCCUAUUCAUGAGCAGGUGUUCGCCAAUGUCUCAGCAGUGGGCGCCGGUCCCUGAUGGUCACUGCCGCGACAUCACCAUCGACCAGAUCGUUUCGGUAACAAUCAACAUCGUCAUCGACGUCGCCAUGACCGCACUUCCUAUGCCGGCGCUUUGGGGGCUUCAGAUGCCCCUGAGAAACAAGGUUGCCGUCAGCGCCAUGUUUGGCAUGGGCUUUGCAACCAUUGGAAUCAUGAUCUGGCGCCUUAUCAACACAGUCACCACGAUUGGGGACCUCGACUUCGUCUAUAACCUCCGCGACAUCGGCCUCAUCAGUCUCCUCGAGCUGUGGAUUGGCAUCAUCAUUGCUUGCUUGCCCACUCUUGGCCCCUUGUUCAAGACAUACGUAAAACCCGCCGUCUCCAAGCUGACGAACCCCUCGACCGAGAGGGGAGCUGUUCAUCUCAAGGAGAUUUCUACCAGUGGCCAUAGCAGCCGUCAGCCCCGUCGGAUAUACGACAAGCUCGGUGACAGCGGUUCCUAUAUGGACCUCGAACGCGCCGAGCUGGUCAAAGAGGGUGCUGUUACAACCAGGUGCCAAUUCUCCCCAGAAUUUGAGGCACCGCGUGCCAACAGGCCGGUCAUCUAUGUCCACCAGAACAUUGCGUCAGAGACGUCUCAACGAGAGUCGCAUAAUUGA